GCCGCAAAGAACGGCGACCUAAAAGCAGUGGAGGAAUUUCUUCAGAAGAACAGGCCGCUGGAUGCACAGGACCACAAGGGCAUCACGGCCCUAGGAUAUUCCAUUGGUACGAGCCGCAUUGCAGUGGUCAAGCUGCUGCUGGAGUCACGAGCCAAUCCUUAUGCCGUGGACAGUAAUGGCAACACCGGGCUGCACUACGCUGCGGGCUACGGUCGCAAAGAAUUGGUGGAGUAUUUAUUGAAGGUGGGCAUUAAUGUGAACCAUCUCAACGCUCAAAGCCAAACACCUCUCACGGUGGCACAGAUGAACAAACAGGAG